AUGGUGCUGGUGGUGCUCUUGGUGUUUGUGGUGCUUGUGGUGCUUGUGGUGCUCAUGGUGCUCCUGGUGCUCAUGGUGCUCAUGGUGCUUGUGGUGCUCGUGGUGCUUGUGGUGCUCUUGGUGCUUGUGGUGCUAGUGGUGCUCAUGGUGCUCCUGGUGCUCGUGGUGCUCGUGGUGCUUGUGGUGCUCUUGGUGCUCGUGGUGCUAGUGGUGCUCGUGGUGCUCCUGGUGCUCGUGGUGCUCGUGGUGCUUGUGGUGCUUGUGGUGCUUGUGGUGCUCGUGGUGCUUGUGGUGCUCGUGGUGCUCAUGGUGAUCGUGGUGGCGGUGGAAGCGGCGGUGGUUAUGGUGGUCUACUAG